GUGAUGACUUGAGAGCUGGAGAUGAGCUGUAUCGUGUCUCCAGUCAGCUUCUGCAUUUCUUUUCAUUUCCUGAAGAGUAGACGGGUAAAGAUCUUCUUUCCAACAACUAUUAAAAUUGGGCAUAGAUAGAGACAAUGGAACUGGAAGAGGAGCAAGUACCGACUUCCAUGGUAAAGGGAUGCUUUCUCUACAACCCUGGAGCUUUGAGUCAACCACAGCCAAAAAGAAAGAAGCAAAAUAUGAGCUCAAGCAAAAAUCACUUCAUGAGGCUGCCCCUUGAGAGCGAUAAAGACGCAGACAAUCGCCACAAGGUGUUCGUGUCAUGUUGGAGCGUCCUCAAAGAAAAGAUUGAGGUGGUUAUCACUAGGCAACACGAUAAAGUGUUUUCCAGCCUAUUGGGAUUCAUUACCACUUCUGCCAGCCAACUGGACAAGCUCCACCUAGCAAGCAUCUCUACGGAGAUGUUCCGUCCCCCUAGGCUAGAAAUACCAACAGCUGUACUGGUUGCCGGGGUCAAUAUGCCGGACCACGAUGUUCAGUUUGAGCAGCUGAGGGUCAUGAUAAGGAACGUUGUUAGUCCACAUGUGGUGCUGCUCAAGUCCACCAGCUGCUCAACCGGAAUGAAAGCGACGAUGAAAGAUAUCUAUCUGCAACUAUCCAAUGGAGAUCAAAGAGCUGGACUGAUGAGUGACGCUGAGGAGAGCCACACCCCUCAUUAUCAGCGUCCCUUGACUAGACUGCCCCUCUGUUCGAUGGACGUCCUCUGUGGGUGGUACCAGACGUCAUGUGACACCAUGAGGGAUCACAUGACCCCCCAAAAGAAAUGCCCGGACACUGAUCUGAGACCCCCUGUGGUGAUAAUAGUGGAGGACUUUGAAGCCUUCAGUCCAGCUGUCUUACAGGACCUCGUAGCUUCAAUCAGCCCCCACCUCCCCCAGUUCCCCGUGGUGUUGGUUCUGGGCGUUGCCACGUCAGUACGAGCAGUACACUCUUCCCUGUCUCGAGCCGCCUCCUCUCUACUUUGUCUCGAGGUCUUCCACACUCAACAUUCGGCACUCACUCUGCAGCAGAUCAUUCAGGAGACCCUGCUGGAUGUGCUCCCCUUCAAGCUGGGUCCGAAUGCUCUCCAGUUUCUAUUACACCAAUUCUUCUACUGCAAUUUCUCACUAGUCAACUUUACUUCUGGACUGAAGUUUGCAGUGAUGGAGCAUUUCUAUUGGCAGCCCCUCAGCGUACUAUUAUCCAAUCGGCUUGAGGGUGAUAAACAAUCAAUUACGCUCUCUCGUGCACUCUGUGAGGCCGUGAGGGCCACUCCCUCCUUUCAAAAAUACGUGGAGUGUCAAAGUCCCGAACAGCAGGUGCUACUACUGGAAGACGACACAGAGCUAGAGUCUGCCGUGUGCGUGUUCCUAGACAAGCUGCACUCUUAUCAUGUGACCUUCUUCCCUGUAUUGGAGUGUCUGCACAUACUCACCAAACACUUGCCUAGCAACCACCUGGGAAGCAAGAAUUAUGAGCUCUAUCUAAACUCUCUUGAGCAAAACAUCACUGAUCAUCCAAAAUUCCAGGAUGCAUGGAAUCUCGUAAAGCUGACGGGAAAGGAAGAGCUGACAGACCAUCUAAGAGAGUGUGUCAGCCAUCUUAAAUCACAUCUUGACAAACAAGGAAUCGGUGAAUAUUUGGAUCUGUUCAGUUCUUGUCUAGAGCAGCUGAGCUCGUUCGAGGAGGACCAACCAAUGGACACAGGGGAGUCUACAACGCCAUUGCCUGCGGCCGAAACCACCAGUGAAAGAAAGAUGAGAUUUCAAGAGAGGUUAAGACACCUCCAGUCGCGCAAGAGAGAGCCGUCUGCAUUUGAUCUUCUGAAAGAUACUGUUUUGGAGUCAAUUCUUGCCAUUUUUAAGGAUAUGCUGCAUUGCCCCAGCUCUAUGACACUUCAUGAAGUGAUGUAUUUUAACAAUGUCUCGUCUAUGAGGAAGCAAUUGGCUCCAGCUCCGAGAGCAGCUCUGCAGACUGCACUCAGCACCCCCCACUACUACCUACCCUCGGCUGGUCAUGUGACCGAGGCCAGUGCACUAGAUCAGAACAUGCCAGAUGUCUGUGUGGCGUACCAGCUGCAUAUCGAGUGCGGUCGACUCAUAAACCUCUAUGACUGGCUACAGGCGUUUGUAGCUGUAGUUGCACCAUCCACCCAAGCUACUGGUGAUUCUGAAAAGAAGAGUGGAAGUAGCUCCAAAGAAAAAAAGAAGAAAGGCUCAUCCUCCAAGCCAGAAGAGGUCGAUCCAUUGCUACAUGCCAGGUUUAUUCAAGCUGUAUCUGAGUUGCAGUUUCUGGGAUUUAUCAAGCCCACCCAAAGAAAGACUGAUCAUGUGCAAAGACUAACUUGGGGAGCUUGCUAGAUAGUAGUCUGUUGCUUUGUCUGAACACAUAAUCUUCAGUGCGCAUGCGUGCUGUUUACGGUAUUCUCGCUGUUCUAUUUAACUGAAUUCAUUGGCUUUUGCUGAUCUCAUUAGUAAAAUCAAAACAUUAAUU